GAGCCGGACAGCGCCGGGGCUUCCCGCUGAGCCGCAGUCGCCCGCGGAGUGCGAGCGCCGGCCGCUCGGCGGGCCCCGGCCGGCCGGGCAGCGCGGGCCCUGGGGGCUCUGGGCGCGAAGGAAUUCCUCAGAUCAAAACUAAUUGCAGAGUUUCCGGUUGACCAGCAUUCAUAGGAAUGAAGACAAACUCAGAGAUGGUGUGUCUAAGAAACUUCAAAAGAUGCAGACCUCCUGAUUGAAGCCUGGUUGGGUUGAUCCAUUUCUUCAUGAUAUUUCUGUUCUCUACAAGGGAGUCAUGAUUACACUAACAGAGUUAAAAUACUUAGCAGAUGCCCAGGCAUCCUAUCACAUAUUGAAGCCAUGGUGGGAUGUCUUCUGGUAUUACAUCACACUCAUCAUGCUAUUGGUAGCUGUGCUGGCUGGAGCGCUGCAGCUUACCCAGAUCAGGGUUCUUUGCUGUCUUCCAUGCAAGGUGGAGUUUGACAAUCACUGUGCUGUGCCUUGGGACCUCCUGAAAGCCAGCAAGAACAUGUCCUCUAACUCAAGCAUGCCGCACCCACUGCCACUCCGGAUCCAGAAUGACCUUCAUCGGCAGCAGUACGCCUACAUCGACGCUGUCUGUUAUGAGAAGCAGCUCCACUGGUUCGCCAAGUUUUUCCCCUACCUGGUGCUUCUGCACACACUCAUCUUCGCAGCCUGCAGCAAUUUCUGGCUUCACUACCCCAGCACCAGCUCCAGGCUGGAGCACUUCGUGGCCAUCCUUCACAAGUGCUUUGAUUCUCCGUGGACCACACGCGCCCUGUCCGAAACUGUGGCCGAGCAGUCAGUGAGGCCCCUGAAACCCUCCAAGUCCAAAACCUUGCUUUCAACCUCAGGGGGUUCUGCUGACACUGAUGCCAACAAGCAGACAUUGCCCUACCCACAGCCAGGCUUGGAGUCACCUGGCAUAGAAAGCCCCACUUCUAGUGUCCUGGACAAGAAGGAGGGUGAGCAGGCCAAGGCCAUCUUUGAGAAAGUGAAAAGGUUCCGCCUGCAUGUGGAGCAGAGGGACAUCAUCUAUCGCGUGUACCUGAAGCAGAUCAUAGUCAAAGUCAUCCUGUUUGUCAUCAUCAUAACUUACGUCCCAUAUUAUUUAAGCUACAUAACUCUUGAAAUUGACUGUUUGAUUGACGUGCAGGCAUUCACAGGCUACAAGCGCUACCAGUGUGUCUAUUCCUUGGCAGAAAUCUUUAAGGUCCUGGCGUCCUUUUAUGUUGUUUUGGUGAUACUUUAUGGCCUCACCUCCUCCUAUAGCCUCUGGUGGAUGCUGAGGAGCUCCUUGAAGCAGUACUCCUUCGAGGCACUCAGAGAGAAAAGCAACUAUAGUGACAUCCCCGAUGUCAAGAAUGAUUUUGCCUUCAUCCUCCACCUGGCCGACCAGUACGACCCCCUGUACUCCAAACGCUUCUCCAUCUUCCUGUCGGAGGUCAGUGAGAACAAACUGAAACAGAUCAACCUCAACAACGAGUGGACUGUAGAGAAACUGAAAAGCAAGCUUGUGAAAAACUCCCAGGACAAGAUAGAGCUGCACCUGUUCAUGCUCAGCGGUCUUCCAGAUAAUGUCUUUGAGUUGACGGAGAUGGAAGUACUGAGCUUGGAGCUCAUCCCCGAGGUCAAGCUGCCGGCCGCCAUCUCUCAGCUUGUUAACCUCAAGGAGCUUCAUGUAUACCAUUCCUCUCUGGUAGUCGACCAUCCUGCCCUGGCCUUUCUAGAGGGGAACCUGAAAACCCUCCGCCUGAAGUUUACUGAAAUGGGAAAGAUUCCACGCUGGGUAUUCUACCUGAAGAACCUCAAGGAGCUAUACUUGUCAGGUUGCGUUCUCCCGGAGCAGCUGAGCACCACGCAGGUGGAGGGCUUUCAGGACUUGAAGAACCUGAGGACCCUCUACUUGAAGAGCAACCUGUCCCGGAUCCCUCAGGUGGUGACAGACCUGCUGCCCUCCUUACAGAAGCUGUCCCUGGAUAAUGAGGGAAGCAAACUGGUUGUGCUGAACAACUUGAAAAAGAUGGUCAACCUGAAAAGCCUGGAGCUUCUGAGCUGUGAUCUGGAACGCAUCCCACACUCCAUCUUCAGUCUGAACAACCUGCAUGAGCUGGAUCUCAAGGAAAAUAACCUGAAGACGGUGGAGGAGAUCAUCAGCUUCCAGCACCUUCCAAGCCUUUCUUGCUUGAAGCUUUGGUACAACAAUAUCGCUUAUAUCCCUGCCCAGAUAGGAGCGCUGUCCAACCUGGAACAGCUCUUCCUGGACCACAAUAACAUCGAGAGCCUGCCCUUGCAGCUUUUCCUGUGCACCAAACUACAGUACCUGGAUCUGAGCUAUAACCAUCUGACCUUCAUUCCAGAGGAGAUCCAGUACCUGACCAAUCUGCAGUCCUUCUCCGUGACCAACAACAAUAUCGAGACGCUACCAGACGGGCUGUUCCAGUGCAAGAAGCUGCAGUGUCUGUUUUUGGGGAAAAACAGCCUAACAGCUCUGUCCCCUCUGGUGGGGGAGCUGUCAAACCUCACCUACCUGGAACUCACUGGGAAUUACCUGGAGACACUGCCUCCUGAGCUGGAAGGGUGUCAGUCCCUGAAACGGAACUGUCUGAUUGCCGAGGAUAGUUUGCUCAAUACUCUUCCACUCCCCGUGACAGAACGUUUGCAGACAUGCUUAGAUAAAUGUUGACCUAGAGGUCAGACAUGGCAAAAGCAGUUUUAAAGUGAGGCCCUGGGGCUUGAAGGAGAGUGAAUUUUCCUGAUUAUGUAGAUGUCAAAUAGCUGAUGGUUAUGACAUACCAUAACCAAAAACCUUACCGAAUAACCCAAUCUCCAAAUCAAGUUUGGGGUUUUGUGAAUAACUGAUCUUUAAAUUAUUGAGAUCUUAUUAAAAGAAAGAACAAAAAAGAAAGAGCAUGCAUUGAAGUGGACUGAGAGUUGUGCAAUUAUGGAAGCUUUACCUUUUCAAGUUUAAUGUUCAGGGCUGUUUUUCCUCCCCUCUCCUUUUAGCCCAUCCAUUACUUAUUUGCACACUGUUUUCCUGAGACUUUCUAACUUGAUAAUGAACACCAAACCCAUGAGGCCUCAUCAGCAUAAAUGCCUUUAGCUAUGUUCUCCAUUGGCUUUGAUUGACAGUCUCCCAGUUUUUAAGGGCAUGUCAUGCUUGGCUUACCUCCCACUUCCUUUCUCAUUUUACUGGACUCUUCAUCUGGUUUUCUCUGAACAACAGUGAACACCCUGGGAGAAUGCUAACAUUUGGCAUUUUCCAAGAUUAGGAGCCAGGGUUCCUAAAAAUUAAUGUAUUCUCCAAGUUGUCUUCUUGUCUAUCGUCAAAGCCUUUUUAAAAUACGUUAAGAAUUUUUAUAUAAAAUAUAAAAUAUUUUCUACUGUAUGAUCUCAGAUUCUACGCCUCCCAGAACACUUUGUAAGGUACAGUGAACAUGUGCAUCUCUCAGAAUUUACUAAUUCUCGGUUUGGGCUAAUUAUGAUUCUUGUGUUUGUAUGCUUUCUGCUCCAAAAAGGUUUUGUACUCUGCAACUAAUUACUUUGGAUGACAAAAAGCCUUGUUUUUCCCUAAAGUCUUCGAGGGGUCUCUGUGUGAGAGGACAGCUGCAUCAUCUACCUCUCCUUGCUGUUGUGCAAUCCUACGGGUACACUCCUUGAUUACUGAUAAGCUGUGAUGGAGGGGACAGGGCAAGAUCUAGACUGGAAAGUUGACUAGAAAAUACUCUGUAGAAACUUAGUAAGCAUUAAAUAAAAAUAUAGGGUGUCCCUCUAUCUACAUGAUCUCUUGGUGUGAUUAUGAUGGAAGCUGUCCCCGCCUAAGUGAGCUCAUUUAACUGACACCCAUCUCAUGCCUUUUAACUCCUGAAAUAUAUCUUGCUCCUUUUGACAGAGA